CAGCAUCCAACAAGCAAAAAUAUCCGUCGGUAAUGAAAAUGAGUAAUUCAUUGUAAUAAGAUAGUAUCGUUUUUUUUGAUAAUUUCGUAUUAUUUCUGACAAGAAAUUUCAGGGUUUUUUGUGUAAUUAUCCUUAUUGUAAGAAGUUAAUUUUUUAAAGAUUAACUGACCAUGGAUAAUUAGAUAAAAGCUUAAGUAUACUUUUUGAGGCUAAUUUAUAGCAAAUAAUGAUACAUUUGCAUUAUAAACAACAUACAAAAAUACAACAGAAAAAGCAAAAUAAAUUAUUUCAGAGAUAUAGCUUUUUCUUCUCCAUGCUCCUGUGUAUGUUACUUGCUACUGUUCAACCAUAUUUAGGAGGUACAAUCGGUAUAGCAAGUGGCAAUUUUAUUGUUUGGUAUUUUGCAGUGCCACUAACAUAUUUAGAGGCAGGAUUAUUAUGUACUCCACAUUCUCUUUAUAUGGCACUAAGAAAUGGUUACCUGAUAUUAUUUGUGAUGGUUUUUAUGUAUGGUGUGAUGCCCUUUUUAGCUAAGCUUGGAACAUAUUUGUUAAUACAUUCUGAAGUGAAUAUAUGGCUUCUUAAAGGAAUGGAAGUACUGUAUUGUAUGCCACCGCCGUUUACUUCCAGUCUAGCACUUUGUCAGCUAGCACAAGCUGAUUUACCAACUAGUGUGAUUACUACUUUAAUAGGACAUUUUGGGGGCUUUUUUUUGUCUCCAAUUCUUCUAUAUUUCGUGUUAGGAGCGUCUACUCCACCUUUAGUUGGUGUUAAUGUCAAGGAGAUUAUAUAUAGUACUCUAUUACCUCUAAUUAUUGGAAUGGUAUUACAGUUUUAUGUAGUAAACCCUAAUGUUUGCUCUAUAAUUGGCAUUGGACGAUAUUCUCAAGGAUUAUUAUUAAUCAUAGCAUAUUACUGGUUUUCUGAUGCAGUUUCUGCAGAUGUGUCAUCCUUGCAAGCUAUAGACAUAUUAUUAUGUAUACUAAUUGCUUGCAUCGCACAACUCUUCACAUGCUGUCUAUAUUGGAGUUUAUGUUCUCGAUGGUUACCUAGAAAUACUCUUCUAGCAGCAUUAUUUGUUAGUACUCAUAAAUCAGUUGGUCUUGGAAGCUGGAUUUUACGAAGUACAUAUCAUGGAUCUGCUCAAGGUCCAGCAGUGAAUUUACCACUUUCAAUCUUACCUGUUGCACAACUCGUGCUAGGUACUUUAUUAGCAAGUUGGAUUGCUCCGCAGUAUUCAUUAAAAAAUUAAAAAAAAAGUCUUGGAAGCUUACUUAUAGUUUUAACAAUGUAUAGUCACAUAGAUAUAAAUAUUCAUUUUCUUUCCAUUAAACCUUUAAGAAAUGGCUCAUA